AUGUCUCUUAUUGUAAAAACCAAGCUAAAAACUGCCACUUUAUCGAACUACUAUCCCGACGGUUAUUGGCCAGAACCAGAAACAAAAUCUCCGUUUGCUAUAGACUACUAUCAACUAAUUUUAGACAACGAGAUACUAGUUGAUGCUGAUUUAAUACAGCCGUUUAUUGAAGGUUUCAAGACUGUCAAAGAUGUAUUGAUGUUUGUUGGAUUCCUAUUAAACCUGUUCCAUUUCCUUGUUCUCUGCCAAAAAGAGUUACGUUCAAAUGUAGUAUAUAACGUUAUGCUUGGCAUUUGUGUUUGGGAUAUUCUAAUAUUUCUAAUCAAUAUUAUAUGGAUAACGCUUGAAUUGAAUUCUUUUUACAACGACGAGAUGGAUUUUUGUAAAUCCACUCGUCCAUACAUUCACAUUUUCAUUGAAAUUGUAUCUAUUGUCGUUUUUGAAAUUGGUAGACUGGCUUCCUCGACAUUUUCCAUAUUUUUGGCGGUAUUUCGAUCGUUUUCUAUCAUGUUUCCAAUGAGCCCGUAUAUUAUUAAAAUUAUGAAUAAUCAAUAUGCAUUUAGGGGUAUUUUAGCUAACUCGGCUAUUUCAGUUUUUUGUUAUCUACCCUUGUAUUUUAGUUACAAAAUUCGAAGAGAAAAAUUAUGUGACCUACCUUCCUAUUACAAGAGAUUUGAAAUCAAAGAGAAUUCAAAUUUCCAAAACUUUUACGCAAAUAUCGAUGGAUUUUUAUAUAUCACUAUGAGUAUUUUAUAUGUGGUUUCCACAGCAAUACUCGUUGUUAAGUUGCGAGAAAAUAAGAAGAAAAGAGUUAAUUUAGUGAGCAACGAUUCGAGAAAUAAAUCGGAAAACACUUCCAAUCUCGUAAUUCUGAUGGCUUUUUCGUUUUUUAUAAAUACACUUAUAAGUGGGACCUACUACCUAAUUAUAACAAUUGGUAAUCAAUUAUCAACACAUAUUGCCAGUAUUGUGUAUAACUUUAAUUUUCGUUGAGUGAACAAGAAAACACAAAAAUUUCAGGUUUCAUAUCAAAAACUUUGAGAGCUUGCUGAAAACAAUGACGAUUGUCAAUUCAAACACACAUUGCAUAAUUUGUUUUUUGAUGUCUGCAAAAUAUCGAGAAACUUUGGGAAUUGUGAUUCGAAAGAAAACAUCGGUAUUUUCAAUUGAAUAG